CAUCUCCAGUGCUGGGACCGGAUGUCAUCCUGAACCCUGGUGCCUCCUUGUCUGAUUUCAUGGCAGUGCUCUUUCCUCCACCCAUUCCUGGCGCCCAGCACCGGCCACCGUGGGGGCAGCACCUGCCACCUCCCAUCACCCCAGCAUUCCCGCCUGUCAGCAGCCCGGUGCUGCCAGCUUUCCCCACGACGCCUUUGGUGGCUAAUGGUGGCCGUGGACCCAGUGCCCCUGGGGCCUGCAACCUCACUGUCCAAGUCAGGUCACAAGGGAGGCCAGUGAAGGCCCCCCAGACUCAGACCUUUAUCAUAACUCAGGGCCCCCUCACCUGGAGCGCUCCAGGAGCCCUCAGCGGGAGUGCUGCAUGUCCUGCGCCCGUAUUCUUAGCAACGCCUGCGAUGAAGACCACUGUGACUGCUCCAGCUGUUGGAGUUACUCAGGCUGGCAUGGGAGGCUGGACCCCAGGCUUUCCUCCUCAAUCUCCACUACCAGCUGCUCAGCUGGUCCCUAUCAUUCGCCCAGUGAACUCUGGCCCAUGGCCACAUGGCACUUCCAGGAAGGGCAGCCUGGCCACCAACCAGCACUACGCCUCGCAGGGUGACUGCUCUAAUCCCCAGAGCGUGUACAGUAACUUCCGACGUUGGCAGCGCCUCAAGCCACUGGCGCGGAGACACCUUCCCAAGAGCCCUGAUGCAGAAGCUCUUUCUUGCUUUCUCAUCCCAGGGCUUCGAUCUCUGGCCCGCCUGAAGCCCACCAUGACGCUGGAGUGGAGACUGUGUAGGGCCGUGCAGGAAUGGCAGCGCAUUAGCAACUUUGACCGGAUGAUCUACUACGAGAUAGCAGAAAAGUUCAUGGAAUUUGAGGCCGAGGAGGAGAUGCAGAUUCAGAAGUUGCAGUGGAUGCAGUGCACGCAGGACCUGCCUCCUCCAGCCCCACCGAAGCUGGAUCCUCGGGGUCCCCCAGCCCCGAAAUCCCAGCGGCCCCUGGAGCCCAAGGCACCCAAGGAGGUUCCCCCUGAGGCUGUGAGCGAGUAUAUGGACAUCAUGGAGGCGCUGGUGGGGCCCGUCCACUCAGCCACAGGCGAGUCAGUUGCAGAAGGUGGAGUGGACGGAAAUGAGCUGAAGAAGGAAGAGCACGGUAUCUACUUGAACCCGAUCCUCUUGAGAUACAUUGACAAGCUGUGUUCCCAGGAGGACUUUGUCACCAAGGUGGAGGCAGUCAUUCACCCUCGAUUCGUAGAAGAAUUGCUUUCCCCAGACCCAGAGCUGGAUCUCUUGGCCCUAGCGGAGGAGCUGGAGCAGGACGAAGGGCUCACCUCCGAAGAACUGGUGCAGAAACGACUCCUGGCCUUGAAAGAGGAUGAGAGUGUGUGGGCAGCCCUGAGUCACAGUGCACCCGGAAUACGCUCAAGUCCUUCUGAGUACGAUGUCGGCCAGGGUGCCCAGAGGCACGACCAAGACCCCCAUCUAGGGGCCCAAGGGCCCAGCGACGGGUCCGGUGAGAACGAGGUGAAGCUCCCCGGCGAGGUCAUCGUCGUAGGCACUCAUCACAGAAUGCGGCCUUUCAGUCUGUCCCAGAGUCAUGCCCAUGCCUCAGGCCUGGCCUCCCCUGGAGGUUGGGUGGCCCGGAGUGCUCCCCAGGGCCCCUCCCCUCAGAGAAGAGGCCUCAGCCCAGCUCCACCAGCCGCUCCCAAGUCGAGGAAGCAGGAUCUGUGUGGACGCCCAGCCUCUGCUGAGAAGCUGCCCAUCCCCGGGGCUGGCCUCCGGGUGUCUGGGAAGCCAGCCUUGGCUCUGUGGCCGGCUCACCUCUCACGGCCGAGAAAGAGAAAGCGGGACCCGUCUGACACAGAGAGGAGAAGGAAGAGGAAGAAGAAGCACUGCAGCCGGUACAGAACAGCGGGGCCGGCCCUCCAGGAUGAGGCCCCAGGGUGGCCCCCAUGGCAGCCUAGGGGCUCCUCGUCAUCCCAGUGCUGA